AUGGCACAGUACUUCUUCGACCUCCUCUACAACUUCACAGAUUGCAUGUGCUGCUUUCCGAGUACACCGCAGCUGAAGAUCAAUAAUCGGAGCUUCAAGCUUUUGCGAUUGCUAGGCGAGGGCGGUUUCUCCUACGUCUACCUCGUCCAAGAUAAAACAACCUCGGAAUUGUUCGCGCUCAAGAAGAUCCGCUGCCCGUUCGGCCAGGAAUCCGUUUCGCAGGCCCUCAAGGAAGUUGAAGCUUAUAGCCUGUUCACAUCGCAAGACAACAUCAUCCAUGCGAUCGACCACUGCGUUUCCACUGAAUCAGGAUCCAAAUUCCGCUCUGAUGGGGGCGACCCUGGCUCGAAGACAGUCUACAUUCUAUUGCCGUACUACCAACGGGGCAACCUCCAAGAUGCCAUCAAUGCCAACCUGGUCAAUCACACACGUUUCCCGGAGAAGCGGCUAAUGAUGCUAAUGCUGGGCGUGGCCAAUGCGCUGAAAGCCAUGCACCAGUAUCGCGUCCAGAGUGGCUCGAGCUCGACUCGCAAUGCAAAGGCGGUUCGAAGAGAGGGCGAGGAGGCGGAUGAGGAGAGGACAAUGCAGAUGAAGCCCAAGCGGCGUGCCAGUCAUCGCCAGGAGGAAGAGGAUGAGGAGAAUGAGCCAUUGAUGGAUGACGAGGUGACACGCAGUCAGGAGGGUGUCCAGGAGGGUGGUCUGCGCCCCUAUGCGCACCGUGAUAUCAAGCCUGGUAAUAUCAUGAUCGAUGACGAUGGUCAGACCCCUAUUCUGAUGGACCUCGGUUCCCUCGCUCCGAGUCCCAUUGCCAUUACAUCCCGCUCCCUGGCGCUGGCAGUGCAGGAUACCGCUGCCGAGCACAGCACGAUGCCAUACCGAGCUCCCGAACUUUUCGACGUGAAAACGGGCUCCAUUAUCGACACGAAAGUUGAUAUUUGGUCUUUGGGAUGCACACUCUAUGCCUGCCUAGUGGGUAAAAGCCCCUUUGAGGCUCGCAGCGAUGAGACCGGUGGUAGCCUGAGCAUGUGCGUUCUCGGCGGUGACUGGCGAUUCCCCGACGAAAAGACCACCGCCACCAAAGGCAAGGGCAAGGUCGGCACUGAUGCCGACAACUCGUCCGGCAGCAGCGAGCAAAUGAUCAGCGCUCAUGUCAAGGAGGUUGUGCGCAAAUGUCUGCAAGUUGAACCGGCGGAACGGCCGGAUAUUGACGAGCUGAUUCAGAUGAUGAAGGAUGUCAUCAGCGAGUUGCCGGACGAUGAUGGCAUCGCAUAG